GCUACAUAAAACACCGUCCCCAAAAAAGAAAAAAAUGAGAAAUAUAUAGUAAAAUAGUUAUGAAGCAGGGCAUUAAUGAAUCUUUUUUUUUUUUUAAAGUGGGGAGAGGAACCAAAGGAAUAAGAAUGGCCAAAAGUUGGUAAAUGACGAAGCUGGUCACUUGAGGGUUCACUAUACUCCUUUUCCCACCACUGUGCUAUGUCCUAACGUUUUCAGAAAGGGGGGGGAUAACCCCCGAAGAGAAGCGAGUGUCACUUCCUUCGAGAGGUAACCUGUCCAGAGCCACUGGCCACCCCACCCACAGAUGAGGGGCAUGAAUUAUUAAGGGGAAUUUGAGAGGCUCCAUAGCCAUGGAGUCUGGAAAGGUGGUGAGCACAGGGGCUGCUACGGGCCAGGCAGCUCUGUGCCCUCAAGGGGCUCACACCAUCUCUCUCAUCCCACCCGCCACACUGAUUGUGGUGGUAGAAGUGGAGCAGGGUCAAGGAUCAAGUAAGAAGCUUUGGGGGUUUGAGGGUGUAGCUCAGUUGGUGCUUGCCUAGCGCAAGUGUGCCCAUGCAUGAAUCUGGGUUGGAUUUACCAGCGCUGUGGCUCUUCCCUGUAAUCUCAUUAUUGGGAAGAUGAGGAAGGAGGAUCAGAAGUUCCUCCUCCCAACUGGAACACUACUACACAAGAGGUCUGUCCUUGGUUUGAGUUGGCUCGUAGAAGCAGGAGAACAAGCAUGAGUUCAAGCUAAUCAGAGGCCAGCAUGGUGUGCACCCCUGGACACCCAGCACUUACAAAGUAGGGGUAGGGGAUCAGGAUUUUAAUGCAAGCCUCAGCUCCAUGAAACGCUUAUCUCAACACCACUUAUACCUGCCCGACAAAAGGAACAAAGGUUAGACUUCAUACCUGAUUCUUUCCUAGUGUUGAAGACCUUUGGACCACAUUGUAAACUGAGAAGAGACAAACAAACCUGUAGAAAAACAGCUUUAGAACAUCUUGUUCUGUGACUAGCAAGAAGUACUUGUACCAAACAAUACAGCUGGUCGUAUCUUCCUAGAGGACCCUGUCCAGGGGUGAGGACUGUGAUGAUGUUGCAAUUUCCAUUUACCCACAGUGAUCUGGCAACUGACCACAGGCUAGAUCUUUCACAUUCACUCUCUACUUUAGGAAAUGAAUGUGGAAAUUCAAGUGUGUUAAUACCACAUCCAAUAAAGGUCAUAAAGCCCAGCAUAGUGGCCUGUGCCUGAAAGUUCCUCCUAAGGUAGAAAGAUCACUUGAGCCAAGGAGCUCAAUACCAAUCUGAACAAAAUAAGAAAUCCUUCAUAUCAAAACUUGUGUAAAAAAGAAGAAGAAGAAGAAGAAAGCACUGGGAAUAUAGUUCAGUGGUAGAAUACUUGCCUAGUAUAUAAGAGGUCCUAGGUUUGAUUCCCUAAACUACAUUGAAAAGAAAAAAAGAAGGCAGGGCGAGAGUCAGGGCUAAGCCAGCUCAGGCUGGAGGUGGGGGGCAAGGGCAAGACUUGGGAGCCCCAGAGCUCAUCUUCUCUCAAGAAAACCUACAUGAAGCCUACCCCUCCCAGGCCUUAAGGAGAACCAAGGCCCUACACUUGUAUUGGAGGGAUCCAAGAACCUUCGCCUUCUCCAGCCAGGCACUCUGGAGCCUCAGGUAGAUGGUGUGGGAUGAGGGGAGCAGAGGAAGCUGAAAAUGCCGCUACUGACACCGCUUGUGUCCGUAGGAACACUGCUUCGUCUUUGACAGAGUUCUGGGUCCUGGUGCUGCUCAGGUAUGGGGUUCUGAGAAAGGGGCGGGAGGAGAAGGAAAGCUCGCAGUCCUCUGCAUCCUGGGAUUCUGACUGGUCCAGUCCUUUUGCUCAGAGCAGGCUGUAACAAGUCCCCUGACACAGAGGGGCGUGCCUGUGUGUUCCUACAGGAAGCAGAGCAGGAGCUGUUGACACAAAUUCAGCCUAUGCUGGCCUCCGUGGGACAAGGGUACGAUACAACCCUGCUGCUCCGGGGCCGGGAAACAGAGGCACCCCGGUUUGUGACUCAGGUGCUGCAGAUGCUGUUUGAGGAGGCUCUGCCUCUCUGCAACUCUGGUCCUGUGCUUUGUACUCUCAGCCUGGUGCAGAUUAGCCUCAGCGGGCAGACUCAGGACCUGCUCUCCCCAUGUAUGGAGGACCUGCCAGUACUGAAUGUGGCUCCUCUGGGCUUGGUGGUGAAAGAUGCCAGAGAGGUAGAGGUGUCUGAUGCCCGAGCUGCCUCUGAACUGUACCUGAAGGCUGCCAGGAGUGAAGGCAGGGCCUGCUCUCUGCUCACUCUUACCAUGUCCCGCCCGGGACCUGAGACCCGGCAAGUGUGUCGAGGUACCUUGAGGAUCAUGCAGCUUCCAGGAGACCCAGCCUGCCCCCUGCUGCGAGUGCUGGCUGGUGAGGCUGCUGGGGAGGAGGAGGGCUCUCUGCCCUGGAUUGUGUCCUGGCUCCUGGAGGGAAGCAGCUACAGUAGCCUCCUUCUUCGUCUGGAACCGCAAGAUAGCUCCCUGAGUUUGCUCCAGGCUGCUCUAUUGGGGGCCUCAGAAAAGAGGGUACAGGCAAAAGAGGUGAGACCCACCCUGUGGAACCCAGUAGAGGAGACGAGGGCCCGUAGGGCCACCUUGAAGACUCUGCGUUUAGGGCUCCUCGGAGACACCUUGACAGAUGCUGGGUUGAACCAAGUAGUACGGACACUCUGGGAACUACAGGUGGUAAAAGCCUGGGACCCAAGAAACCUUGCACCCAAAGGGGCUGGAGCUGAGGCUGCGGGGCUCCUAGAACCACAGGUUAAAGGUGAGCCACUGAGUUACAGUGAGCAGGGAAGACAUUUCGUUCCUUUCUCAGAGGCAAGAAGAGAAUUUCUAGGGUCUGGUCUCCACCAAAAACAUCGUCUCAAGUACUCUGAGGAACAGGCCCAUCAGGCCCCAGAUGUGCCCCUACAGUUCUUUCUGGCCCAGGCUCGGAGACAGAGACUUCGAGAGGAACACCAGAUUUGGAUACAGGAAGAGCUGAAACAUCUGGAACAUCAGGAGGAAGUAGCCUGUAAACAGAUCAAAGGCAUAGUAGCAGAAGAGGCUUGUGACGAGAGAGAGAGGCAGUGGAAGGAGCUGACAGGGCUGAAACUUCAGGUGGAAGCCCUGCAGACAGAACGGGACGUGGCGGAGCAGGAUCUGGUGGCCCUCUAUGAUUUGUAUGUGCAGGCUACCCGAGCUCGGACAUGCCACUUGCUGCAGGUAUUUCGAGCCUGGCAGGGGCUGUGGGAGGAGAAAGCCAUGGCCACAGAACGCCGUCACCGAAGCCUGCUGGCUGGAGUCCUCCAAGACAACAUUGACCUGGCCUUGAAGACCCAGGAGCUCCAGGCCAGGAACCAGCAGCUUGAGCAGAGUGCAGCCAGGGCCGGUUGUGUUGGAGUCCUGUAUGGAGAGGAGCCUGAUCAGGAACACUAUGGGGCUGCCUCCCUUUGUCCUCAUUCAUGAGGGCCCCAGAAGGGAGAGGAAGGUGGGGCAUAUCAAUCAAGAUGGCCCUCAUUACAGAUAAUCACCAUCAUCACUAAUCAUGUCUCCUUGUACCAAUCUCUGCUAAGCACCCAAUACCAAUUCAGCUCCUCUGGCUUUGUAGCAUUUGACCCUCAUUUCAGAGCUAACCUGUCCUAGUAACUGCCAAGGACAGUCAGCUAAGUAGCAAGGGAAGAGUCCUCUUCCCCCUCUUCCUCCUGUCAAGGGAUGGAACCCAGAGUCUCUGCAUGCCAAGUAUCUUCUCUACUUCUGAACUACAGAUUUAACUCUGCAACUUUUUCUUUUCUUUCAUGAGACUGGGUCUCGUGCAGUCCAGGCUGACCUGGAACUUGCUAUAUAACCAAGGAUGACCUUGAAUUACGGGCUCUCCCACCUCCUACUUCAGAGUGCUGGGAUUACAGCACGGCACCAGGACAACAGAAGCAGUCUUGUUUUGAAAAGUUCACCCAUUGUUCUAGGGAGCAGGGCCUGACAGUCCUCUGGCCAGGACUUCAAAGGACAGACAGCUACAGGUACUAGACGUGAAAGAAUCAGAGAGUAAGAGUCAACACAGUGGCUGGGUAUGGAGUCUCAUGACCAUACACUCUGCACGAUGGAGUCUGAGGUAGGACUGCUUUCCAUCUGAGGACACCUGGGCUAUAUAAUUCAUUCCAGGUCGGUAUGGACUAUGAUGUGAAACAUGUGUGGCCUGAAGUGUUUUCUAGACUAAGUUGUUCUGCUGAGCAGAGUAGUUUUCAGUCCCAAGAAUCUCUAAAUGCCUCAGGGCUUGUGAUUUUUAAAAAAAGCGAUUUUUGUUGUUCUUUCUUUCAGUGUUGGAGAUCGAACACAGGGCUUACACAUGUAGGCAAGUACUUGUCUUUUUGAACUACAAUCUCAGCCCCCCCCCUU